CGCUCCCAGUCACAGGCACCACUGCUGCUGCCCGGCAGGGAGGGACCCAGGCGUCCGGGAGCCUCUGCCCCCCCCCAGCCACCGCGGGACCCUGCCAAAAUGAGCGAGGAGGCCUCGCCGCCCCCCCCGUCGCCCCCCCCGGCCCCAGCCACACCGGGGCCCUGGCCGGCGUCGGCGGCGCUGCCGCGGGACGGGGCGCUGGCGGCGGCCGAGGUGGGGGUGCUGGCGGCGGUGCUGGCGCUGGCGCUGGGCGGCAACGGGCUGGUGCUGGCGGCGCUGGGCCGGGCCGGGGGGCCGCGUCCGGCCCCCCCGCUGCGCCGCUACCUGCGGCACCUGAGCGCGGCCGACCUGGGGGUGGCGGGGGGGCAGGUGCUGCCGCAGCUGCUCUGGGACCUCACCGACCGCUUCCGCGGCCCCGACGCGCUCUGCCGCGCCACCAAGUACCUCCAGGCCGUGGCCAUGUUCGCCUCCGCCUACGUGGCCGUCGCCAUGGCCUACGACCGCCACCGGGCCAUCUGCCGGCCCUGGGCCGGACGCCGCCAGCGCCCCGGGGACGCCGGGCACCGCGGGGACACCAGGGACAUGGGGGACGCCGGGGACGCCGGGGCCCGCAGCUCCCCUGGGUGCUGGGGACGCUGCCGCGGGGACGCCGGGCACCGCGGGGACACCAGGGACCGUGGGGACACUGGGGACCGUGGGGACACUGGGUGCUGGGGACGCUGCCGCGGGGACGCCGGGCACCGUGGGGACGCCGGGCACCGUGGGGACACUGGGGACCGUGGGGACACUGGGGACCGUCCCUGUGCCACCCCCAUGUCCCUCCUGGUGUCCCCCGGUGCCCGCGCCCCCCCCAUGUCCCUCCCUAUGUCCCCCAUGUCCCCCAGUCCCCGCGCCCCCCCCGCGCCCCCCCCCGGCCCCGCCGUGUCCCCAGGUCCCCGCGCCUCCCCCACAUCCCCCUCCAUGUCCCCCAUGUCCCCCGGUGCCCGCGCCCCCCCCGCGCCCCCCCCCGGCCCCGCCGCCGCCCCGUCCCCCGGUGCCGGGUCCCCCGCCGCCCGCCCGCGGUGGCGGGGGCUGCGGGGGCGGUGGCGGGGGGCGUGGGGGCGGCUGCGGGGGCGGUGGGGGCCGCUGGCCACGGCCUGGUCGCUGUCGCUGCUCUUCGGGCUGCCGCAGCUGGGCGUCUUCGCGCAGCGGGAGGUGGCGGCGGGCGAGCGGGACUGCUGGGCCGCCUUCGCCCAGCCCUGGGGCGCCCGCGCCUACGUCACCUGGGUGGCCCUGGCCGUGCUGGCCGCCCCCGCCGCGCUGCUGGCCGGGCUGCAGGCCGCCGUGGCCCGGGCCCUGGGCGGGGGGCGGCGCGGGGGGGCGGCGGGGCUGGGCCGGGCCCGGGCCAAGAGCUACCGCAUGGCGCUGGUGGUGCUGGGCGCCUACGUGGGCUGCUGGGCCCCCUUCUUCUGCGCCCAGCUCUGGGCCGUCUGGGACCCCCACGCGCCCGUCGAGGGGCCGGCGUUCACCAUCCUGAUGCUGCUGGCCAGCCUCAACAGCUGCACCAACCCCUGGAUCUACGCCGCCUUCAGCACCAGCCUCUCGCGCGCCAUGGCCCGCCUGCUCUGCCCCUGCCGCCGCCCCCGCCCCCGGCCCCGGCCCUGACCCCCCCCCCACCCCCCCGCGGCAC